GGGAUCUCAUGUUCAUGCUGCUAAUAAAUUUUUAAAAUUUCAUGCUGCUUCUCUGUAGUUGAUGACCUGUACACUUACGUGACUUAAGAGUCAAAGUUAGUCACUACAUGCUGGUGAUAUUGAUACGUGGAGAUCUGUAAUUCUUGUCUUUUGUCUUCUUGGUUAAUUUUUUGGCCUAGCACAUUUAUCUUUAAAAGGUGGUUUCAUAUCCUAUCAAGCGUGGCCAUAUACCUGCUUUUUCUUAUUAAUGGGUGGUCCAUUUUCCUACCCGUCUUUUUCUUUCCAUCUUUUGUUCCUUUUCCAUACAACCUAGUAUAAAGUUCAAAUGGAGUAUGGGUCAGAUAGGUGAUUGCAUUCCCCCCCUCCCCCCCUCCCCUCUCCAUGUCAGUGUCAGUGGCUCAUGCAGCUCUCUAGGGGUAUUUGCGUUUGAUUCUCUCUUUUCUUUAAGCAGUACACAAAGCAUGCAUAGUCAGUAAUAAGAGACAACGAUUGCGAAUAAUGUAAUUUUCAUUGGUGGAAACACAUGCACCAUGCACCAACAACUGAUAAGAUAUCAACUAACUUUAUCAUCUUCCUCAUCUGUAUUAGUAUUUAAGUUGCAAUAUGAGUGUUAUGGAUAAUAUCCAUCUAUCGGAAUUUACGCAAGAAUUACCAAUGGGAACUUUUCUUGGUCAUCUAGGGCCUGGGCUAGCCCUUGCUUCUCUUGGUCUGUGGCACAUUACAAACAUCCUGAGGGUUUACUUUCUGAAAGGUUCUGGCCAGUUCGUGUUAAGGCUUUGGUACCCAUUGAGAUGUCCACUUCGGAUGCUAGAGCACCUCGAGCUCAUACUUAUCCUACUUUUUUCUUUAUUUGCAAUUCUGAUCCAGAUAGUAGACAUUCAACACCCUCACUUCUUCAUCGAGCUUGACAAUGUUGAACAUGCUACCAUGUUCUUCCAGCUAGUUAUAUUCACAAGUUUCACUCUUUUUGCUGAGUUGAGUCAUUUGUCUGAAACUAUGUUAGGGGUCUCCUGCGUCCUAGUCGCCUCGAUUUUCGGGCAGGAGCUUUUCUUACUUCAUUACCAUUCCACCGAUCACAUUGGGCUUGAAGGGCAUUACCAUUGGCUGAUGCAGCUCAUAGUUUGUGUUUCGUUUCUGACAGCUUUGUAUGCAACUGCUUCCCCGUCCAGCUUUCCUGCAGCGCUAAUUCUUUCGACAUCAGUUGUCUUCCAAGGAUGUUGGUUCAUAAACAUGGGGUUCAUGCUGUGGGUUCCUGAUUUUGUGGCGCGGGGAUGUACAACACAUGCGAUGAUUCAGAGCAACGGCAUGAUGCACGGAGCAGUUGUGUGUGAGACGAAAGAGGCUGAGUCCAGGGCGAGAGCGUUGGCCAACCUGCAGUUCUGCUGGAUUCUGUCUUCAAUCUUGGUAUUUAUAGCAUGUAGCUGCAUAGCUUUUGGCAGAAAGGUAACGCAGAGGAGGCAGUCGCUUGAUUAUGAGGCGCUUUCGAGUCCAGGCGCACAUGACCCUCUUGCAACUGUUGGAUUGAAACAAAUCCAACUCUGACUUUUAUGUUUAGCUAAAACAAGUCAUCAAUCCAUUAGGAUGCUGGUAUUUUUAUUUUUAUAUGCUAGUGCAACAUCUAGCAACCCACUACAAGUUUUCAUUUAUAAUUGUGUUGUAGUAGAUGUAUUACUAAAUGUAUUAGGUGAUGAUCAUUUUCGCUGAUUUGGCUAUGAUAUGAAGGAAAAUGGAGUAUGUAUACAUAUACAUAUGAAUUUAUGCUCAAAUUGCAAAUGAUGGUGCUUAGCCCUUGA